CUAGACUCUUAAUAGCUAACAGUAGUCAACAUGUUGAAGUUUGUAACUAUCUUUACAAUUUUACUUGCUGGUAGUCAAGCUGUACCAGUUGAAGAUUAUGAUAAUAUCUACGAUGAAAGUAUUUAUGAGAACCAUGAACCUGCAGUUUAUCAUCCAAUUAAUUACCCCGGUUUGUACUCAGGAUAUGGAUACGGUUACCCACACUAUGAUUACUACAAAUACCCUCAAUACGCGUUUAAUUAUGGAGUGAAUGAUCCCCACACCGGAGAUGUAAAAUCUCAACAGGAAGUACGUGAUGGAGACGUAGUCAAAGGAUCUUAUACUAUAAACGAACCUGAUGGAACUAUUCGAGUAGUUGAAUACACUGCCGACGACCAUAGUGGAUUCAAUGCAGUUGUCAAGAAGAUUGGACAUGCAAUUCAUCCGGUUCCUACUUCCAAAUAUGAAACUAUACCCAUUGCACAUGUUGGUCAUCAUAACUAUGACUAUCAUUACUAAUUAUUAGUUCUAUCAAAUAUUCAAUUUAAUUUAUAAAUAUAUAGAUAUACUCUAAAUGUUAAAAAUUAU